AUGAAUGACAACCUGCCGAAGGAGUACUUCGAACUAAUACGGAAAGUUCUUAAAGAGAAAGAAACCGAUAAUGCGCCUUUGCAAAGACGAAGGGGACUAAGAAGGAGAAACCAGGCCCUACCGGAUGCCAAAAAGUUUAAAAAAGGUUUGAAUGAACCACCGGGAGAAAGCGUCGUUAGUGUAAACUUGGACUCUUCGGAUAAUGAUAUUAUAACAGUGACAUCGGAUGACAGUAUAGAGGAAAUUCAAUCAUCGGAACAAGAAGAAAGAGAAGAUGACUAUGAUUCUGAAGAUUUCGAAGAUGUCACAGAUGAAAACGAGGCAAACGGUGUAGGAGAUAUCUCCGUUGAAAUCAAACCCCCUAGUAAGAUCACCAGCACCGCCAAAAGGGUAAACCGCAACAUAUGUUCUAAUGAUGAGCGGAAAAGAAGAAAAUACUUCCACAUGCUAUAUCUACUUUGCCUGAUGGUUCACGGGUCCAUACGGAACGAAUGGAUUAACAGUAAGCGUUUAUCCAGAAAACUGAGUAACCUGGUACCUGAGAGAGUGUUUGAGUUACUGCAUCCUCAAAGGGAUGAAGAGCUCCCACUUAGAAGCACCAGAAAAUUAUUGGAUGGGUUAAAGAAAUGUAUGGAAUUGUGGCAAAAACACUGGAAAAUUACUAAAAAGUACGAUAAUAUUGGGUUUUACAUGAGGACAUGGAAGGAAGUUGAUAAGAGCAACAAGAAUAGAAAAUUCAAAACAUUGACGAAAUCGAAUUUUUUAAAGGCAGUCGACAAAGGUCAUGGAGAUCCUGAUGUUUCCGCACAGGGCUUCGUUGCGAUGCUAAGGGCUUGCAACGUCAACGCACGGCUCAUUAUGUCAUGUCAACCUCCAGAUUUUACCAAUAUGAAAAUUGACACUUCUUUGGAUAGCGACAUUGCCUAUAGAGAUAUGGUAAAAUACCCAAUUUUUUGGUGUGAAGUAUGGGAUAAGUUUGCCAAGAAAUGGAUAACCAUUGACCCGGUAAACCUUAAGACCAUUGAACAGGUUAGAUUGCGUUCUAAGCUCGCGCCAAAAGGAGUGGCGAGCUGUGAAAGAAAUAUGCUGAGGUACGUGAUUGGUUACGAUCGCAAGGACGGUUGUAGAGAUGUCACUCGUAGAUACGCUCAAUGGAUGAACUCAAAAGUAAGGAAAAGAAGGAUUACUAAAGACGAGUUUGGCGAACAGUGGUUCCUAAAAGCAAUAACUACGCUUCACCGCAGGAAGAGAACCAAGAUCGACGAUUAUGAAGACCAAUACUUUUUUCAAAGAGAUGAAGGUGAAGGCAUCCCAGACUCAGUACAGGAUUUAAAAAACCAUCCAUAUUAUGUGUUGGAACAAGAUAUCAAACAAACUCAAAUCAUAAAGCCUGGUUGCAAAGAGUGCGGCUAUUUAAAAGUGCAUGGAAAAAUCGGUAAAGUAUUAAAGGUAUACGCAAAAAGGGACAUUAUGGAUUUAAAAAGUGCCAGACAGUGGUAUAUGGAAGGCCGAAUCUUAAAGACUGGCUGUAGGUGCAAAAAGGUGAUUAAGAAAAAUGUUGGGAGAAUCAAGGGGGAUGUGGAAAAGGAAGACGAAAGGUUGUAUAGUUGGGACGAUACGGAAGUAUAUAUUCCACCAUUGGCGACCGGAAAUGGGGAGAUUACUAAGAACACAUUUGGAAAUAUCGAGGUUUUUGCACCCACAAUGAUACCUGCCAACUGCUGUCUAAUUGAAAGCCCUGUGGCCAUUAAAGCCGCUAGGUUUUUAGGGGUGGAGUUUGCUCCUGCUGUAACUUCUUUCAAGUUCGAACGUGGAAAUUCAGUUAAGCCAGUCCUAAGCGGUAUUGUUAUUGCAAAGUGGCUUAGAGAAGCUGUUGAGGCCGCUAUUGAUGGAAUAGAGUUUGUUCAAGAAGACGAUAACAGGAAGGAUCAUUUGCUUGGGGCGUUGGAACGUUGGAACACAUUGCUGUUAAAACUGCGUAUUCGUAGUAAACUCAACACUACAUAUGGUAAGAUCUCGGAACAAGGACCCGGCAUUACUAACGAAGAAGAUGUUGAAGAAAAUGAUGACAAUAAUGAGGAUUUUGUGAGAGGUGGAUUCCUACCAGGCGCGGUAAAUCAAGAGCCACCGGAGUACAAUGAGUACUCGGAGCCAGAGGACAGUCUGGAGUAUGCUCCUAUUGACGAAGGUAUGGAAAGUGCUGCAGAAGAGGGCCUUGCAGAAGAUUAUUCGGAUUUCAUGAAAGAACUAGAAAUGUCGGAAGGAAAUGACUGA